UAGACCUCUUCCUGUUUUGAUGGAUGGGAUUACAUUACCAUGGUUGCAAUGGGAGACAAACAAUAGCCCUUCUUCUCCUAUGACAAACCUGAAUAAGACACUUUUGACAUCGACUCCGAAUAGUGCAACUGCAAGUUCCACUCAGGAAAAAUUUAAAGAUCAAAGUAACCAUUCUAUCAGCAGUAGUAGAAGUUGGAGUCCUGAUUACCUUCAGGAGUAUGUCGGAAAGGAUGUAUUUAGUAAACUUGGAAAAGUUUAUAGUAAUCAAGAUCAGUCAUUAUUAGCUAAACCAAAAGGAUUGAAAUAUGAUAUAGAUGAGUAUCUGAAAGUUAAAAGCAGUGAAGAUUUUCUGACUAAGAGAUGGAAGCAAUAACAAAGAAUCAAUUCA